AAACAGAGACUAACUUUUAUGGUUUUGAAGUCCAUUAAUUCCUUUUAAAAAAAACGAAAUAAGGAAGUUAAUAACAAACUAUUGGAAAUACGUAAUUUGAAUCUACAUUUCUCUUCUGAAAUGGAAGAAACUAAACAUCUUGAAAAUCUUGUUACGGACUUGGAGUCUAAAUGUGAGAUGCUGGAGUUAGAAAAGCAAAAACUACUUGAAAGUCUCCGGAAAACUGCAAGUGUAAAAAGUUCCCUUCAGCACAAAGAAGAAGAAUUACGAGAAUUAUAUGAAAGCUUAAAAAGCCUUUUAACAAUCCCUUCUAAAGAUAAAAGUAUAGAGGAAAGCUUGAGUGUUAAUGUAAGAAAUGCGCCCGAAGUCCAGACUUUUCAAGAAUUGGAAAAAAAAUGUGAGAAGAAAGACCUAAUUACUCUUUUGCAUGAUGAUUUUACAAGGGCUCCUACUUUGGCUGAAUCCAGAGAACAUUCAAACCCCUUUGACGAUCCCUUUGGGCUUUUUUACAAUUUUAGCGAUAGCAGCAACAACAGUUACUGCAAAGAUUUAUGGAAUCUCGAUCUAUUCUCAGAAACUUCAACUACCAUAUUGCCUAAAACUACUUACGAAUUUAAAAAAAUUAUAAAGGAAACUUCCGAUGAUCCAUUCGCUGAGCUUCCAGACUUUAUUGCAAAACAUCUCUCAGAAGAGUCAAUUAUUGAAUCUCUUUUUACUUCUCAACCCAAUAAUACUAAUAUUAAUUAAACAAACAGA